AUGCUGCGCGGAGUCAACAGAUUAGCGACUAGGCCAAACCGCCUCUCACACACGAACCUACCGGCCUUGCGACGAAGUUAUGCUUCGGUGACCGACUUGUCCAACUAUCCCAAGCCCGGAGAUCAGUUGCAUGGAUUCACCUUGAAGCGUGCCAAACACGUGCCAGAACUUGAGCUCACUGCUCUACAAUUUACACACGAGCGCACCGGCGCCGACUACCUACAUAUUGCUAGAGACGAUCAGAACAAUGUCUUCUCCAUCGGCUUCAAGACAAAUCCACCCGAUGCUACUGGAGUUCCGCAUAUCCUGGAACACACAACUCUUUGCGGAAGCCAGAAGUUCCCCGUUCGCGAUCCUUUCUUCAAGAUGCUACCGAGAUCGCUUUCCAACUUCAUGAACGCUUUCACCUCCUCCGACCACACCACCUACCCUUUCGCUACCACCAAUGCCCAAGACUUUAAGAAUCUCAUGGGUGUCUACCUUGACGCUACUCUGCAUCCUCUUCUCCAAGAGCACGACUUCACACAGGAAGGAUGGCGUCUUGGUCCUGAGAACCCUCAAGCCGAGAACCCUUCUUCGGACGACAUUAUCUUCAAGGGUGUUGUGUACAACGAGAUGAAGGGCCAAAUGUCUGACUCGCAAUACCUCUACUACAUUCGCUUCCACGAGAAUUUGUUCCCUGCUAUCAACAAUUCUGGUGGUGACCCUCAAAAGAUGACUGACUUGACCUACCAACAACUGAAGAAGUUCCAUGCCGACCAUUACCACCCUAGCAACGCGAAAGUCUUGACUUACGGAAAUCUCCCUCUUACCGAGCAUCUCCAGUCCAUCGGAAAGGAGCUCGAUAGCUUCUCGCGAAUCUCUGUAGAUUCGGACAUCAAGGUUCCUCAAAGCCUCGACAACGGACCGCGCUCUGUAACCGUCAAGGGGCCCUUGGAUCCUCUGAACCCUGCCGAUUCUCAGUUCAAGACUUCUGUUACAUGGCUUAUGGGAGAAACAUCUAACGUCCUCGAAAACUUCUCGCUCUCCAUUAUCUCUUCAUUGUUGAUGGAUGGUUACGGCUCGCCUCUAUACCGCAACCUUAUUGAAGCCGGUCUGGGUCCUGACUUCUCGCCUAACACUGGCUUCGACGGCUCAGGUAAGCGUGGUGUCUUUUCGGUUGGUCUCAAUGGUGUCAAGCAGGAGAAUGUCCCCAAGGUCAAGGAAGCCAUCUCCGAAACCUUGCGCCAGGUCAGAGAAAAGGGCUUCGACCCAUCCAAGAUUGACGGUAUCCUGCACCAGCUUGAGCUUAGCCUGAAGCACAAGACUGCAAACUUUGGAAUGUCAAUCAUCCAGCGCCUGAAGCCUGGAUGGUUCAACGGCGUCGACGUUUUCGAUGCUCUGGCGUGGCAGCAGACUGUGGACACUUUCAAGGCAGAGUGUGCCAAGGGUGGCUACCUUGAGGGCUUGUUGGAGAAGUACUUGUUGAACGACAACACUCUGACUUUCACCAUGGAGCCUUCUGCCACUUACGGCGAAGAUCUCCUCGCAGAAGAAGCACAAAGACUUGCAUCGAAGAAGGCUGAGGCCGAGAAGAUCUAUGGCUCGAAGCAGGAGGCAUACGAUCAGCUGAAGAAGAGAGAGUUGGAGCUUGUUGAGCAGCAGAUGCAGGAACAAGAUCUGAGCUGUUUGCCAUCUGUCCAUGUCAAGGAUAUUCCUCGCACCAAGCCCAUGACCGAGACACGUCAAGACUUCCUUGAUGAUGUCAAGGUGCAAUGGAGAGAAGCUCCUACUAAUGGCUUGACAUACUUCAGAGCUCUCAGCAUCUUCAAGAAUUUGCCUACCGAGCUGCGCACAUUUAUACCUCUGUUUUGUGAUGCACUAAUGCGCAUUGGAACAAAGACCAAGUCGAUGGAGGAGAUCGAGGAUCUUAUCAAGCUCAAGACUGGUGGUGUCUCAUUUGGUUACCACGCAUGCACAUCUCCAACCAACACCAAAACUUGUGAAGAGGGUCUGAGUCUGUCCGGAUUCGCGCUUGACCAAAACGUCCCUGCGAUGUAUGAUUUGAUCCGAACGAUCAUCCUGGAGACCGACUUCGACGGACCUAAGGCCAAGGCCUCUCUUCGCGAGCUAGUCCAGAGCGCUGCUAGUGGCGGUGUAGAUACCAUUGCUGAAUCGGGUCACGCCUACGCCAGACGUGUUGCUGAGGCGGGUAUCAGCGCUCACGGAAGCUUGCUCGAGCAGACCGGCGGUAUCAGUCAGAUCAAGCACAUGGUCUCUCUCGCAUCACUCUCCGAGAUUGGUGACGAUAUCAUACAGCCACUCAAGGCCAUCCAGCAGUUGGUUGCGUCCAAUGUUCCCAACAUGAGAGUCGCCAUCACUUGUGGAGCCGAGUCUACCAGCAUCAACGAGGCUGCUCUGAAAGGCUUCUUUAAGAGCACAUUCUCAUCGUCAUCCGAGCUGGCGUCUCAAUCGCAACUAGCCCAGACAUUGACGCGUACCGCUAAGUCGUUCUUCACUCUUCCUUACCAGGUCUACUAUUCUGGUCUUGCCCUGCCUACAGUUCCCUACACUGAUGCUUCAGGUGCGCCUUUGGCUGUACUAGCACAACUGCUCACACACAAGCAUCUGCAUCGUGAGAUCCGUGAGCGUGGAGGCGCUUACGGAGGCGGUGCUUACUCUCGCGCAUUGGACGGUGUCUUUGGAUUCUAUUCUUACCGUGAUCCCAACCCCGAGAACACCAUCAAGGUGCUGGACAACGUUGGCAAAUGGGCCGUGGAGAGAAAGUGGAGCGAUCGUGACCUUGAGGACGCCAAGCUGUCUGUCUUCCAAGCACUUGAUGCUCCCAGAAGUGUGAGCGAAGAGGGCAUGACUAGAUUCGUCAGCGGAGUGACUCCCGACAUGGAGCAAACACGCCGCCAGCAGCUCUUGGACGUCACACAGGAGCAGGUCCGUGACGCAGCGGAACGUUUCUUGGUGAACGGCAUGUCCAAUAGUAGCAUGGCCGUUCUUGGUACUCGCAAGAGCUUCGUUGAUGAGGCCCAAGGCUGGAAGGUGCAAGAGAUCGGCCUAGGUGGUGCUGCCGUCUCGGAGGCCGAGAUGUACGAUCAUGAUGACCAAGCCGAGGAAGCGUCGAGAAUGAAAUGUGGUCCGAACAGGGAAAUGAAAUUGAAACGCGUCAGAAGCGGAAGUUGCGACGCGUCUCCUCCUGACGCGGGCAAGCAGCUCUCACACAAUCUUGCAGCCCUGCACUUAAUUGCAACACAUUCUAUUGCGAAAUGGCGCCUUCAGAUCCGGUCGAUGUGCUGCUACAGCCACCAUCCAGAAAUUGACAUUGGUCGAAGGAAUGAGGAACACCAGACUCUCGAGCGCACGCCGUCAAGCUACAAUCCACUCCGAUCCUUCCAUCUUGCGAAAGGCGAGCAAAAACACUACCAACAACAAUAUGCCGACAUGUACUUUGCCAGACUGGCUGUACUAAAGCCUGCGGUAGAGCGCAUUGCGAGUGAAGCAUGGGAUGGCUUUGAGAUUGGCGGAGACGAGGUGCACAAAGUCGACCGUGUGCUCGAUGUACGACAAGGUGAAUUGGUCUGGGUGGCCGGCACUGUCUACAUGGAAAUGCCUCUGAAGCCCAACAUUCUCGACGACAUCUCAAAACAUCACUGGAUCGCCGCGCCGCCACCUCGGCUGAAGUUCACUUCUGGAGACAGCGAUGAAAUCAUGCUCGAAGACGAAUCUGGUCGAUUACGCUUGACAGGCAGCUUUCUCAGCUCGUGUCUUCUAGUGACUGGGUGUAUCGUAGCCGUCAUGGGCACCGAAAACUCGAAUGGCGACUUUGAAGUCAUUGAUCUGAAAAUACCUGAGCUAGCACCUCAAGCCGCACGAUGGUCACAGAGCCCGGCCGACGCCACAAACACGAAGAAGGCUGCGAAGAAGGAUAAGGCCGGCAAGCUUGCCAUCGUCUCAACGUUGGGUGUUAGUGGUGACACUGGCGACACCAUGUCUUUAGACCUGCUUGUCGAGUACCUCUUGGGCGAGGCUACUUCACCAGCCGAACAAGAGAAGAUAUCGAGCAUAUCACGCCUCGUCAUUGCUGGCAAUUCUUUGUCGUCGGCGAAUCCCAUCCCUGUCGCAGAAGACUUGCCGACCAAGAAGCCAUCUGCUGUCAAGAAGUAUGGCUACGAUGCAUCCGCUUAUAAUCCUGCUCCCACGGACCAUCUAGACUCAUUGCUUGAGUCUCUCUUGCCGUCAAUACCGAUCACCUUGAUACCUGGCGAACAGGAUCCUACACACGCAUCAUUGCCUCAACAGCCAAUGCACUCUGCUCUCUUCCCAAAAAGUAGAGCCUACAUGGCUGCUCCCAACUCGGAAGACACAGCUUGGUUCGAUACUGUGACCAACCCGUGGGAAGGUGAUGUGGAUGGUUGGAAAAUCUUGGCUACUGGAGGUCAGCCAAUCGAUGAUGUCUUCAAAUACGUUGAAGGUGAUGAUCGUCUGGAGAUGAUCGAGGCUACAUUACGCUGGAGGCUAUGCGCACCCACUGCUCCAGACACUUUAUGGUGCUAUCCUUUCCAGGACAAAGACCAAUUUGUUCUUGAAGCGACCCCGCAUGUCUACAUUGUAGGCAAUCAGCCUCGCUUCGAGUCCACUGUCGUUGAAGGUCCUGAUGGCCAAAGCUGCAGAAUUAUAUCUGUGCCACGCUUCAAGGAUACUGGAGAACUACUAUUGCUGGACAUGGAGACUCUUGAAGUAGAGGUCGUCAAGUUCGGCGUCUAUCAGAAAACUUGA